CGCAAGCGCUGGCGCGAUAACGCCAACGCUACUCACGGUUGGUUUGAAAUUUGUAAAGGAUAAAAGCAAAUACUUCAACUUGGGCAAGCGGUGACGUCAUUAUUUAAGCCCGGCCGUGUCGAUCAAACUUGGCGUUGUGGGUGUGGUGCAGGUUAACCAUGGCGUACCGCCCAUUGCCAUACACACGGAGAACGCAGACUGUGUCUGAAGUAUUGCGCCUCAAUAGUCACGACGUGGAUCGUAUCAGGACGAACUACACGUACAGCAGCAAGACCAGAGAGGAGACCGCUCAUGUUAUCUCCAGGUUUCCCACUCUUGAAGCAGCUGUAGGAGAAGGUCUGGCGGAAGCCGGUCACAUCGGAUCUACAGUCCGGCUUUGCUUGGAGGGUGCUGUUCCUAUCAGGCACAAAGGCAAACAUUACGGCAUCCCGAUGGUGUUCGUGCUGCCACGGAAGUUCCCCCACGACCCUCCCACCUGUCUGGUACGGCCCACGUGCACCGAUACAGGCACGACGCCUAUUGUGGAGAGUAAGGUGUGCCUGUGUGUGGAGACGAGCGGGAAGAUAACCUUCCCCUACCUGGAGGACUGGAACUAUCGCACGUCCAACCUGACCACCCUGAUAGAAGUCAUCACAGCACAUUUCGGAGAACGGCCUCCAGUCACUGAUGAGGUGCUCGCCAGUCUAGAGGUCAAGAAAGGAAGUUCUCCAGCUGGACUGCCGUCCCCACAGCCAUUGAGAAGGACCAGAUACACGUCUCUUCCGUCAGGGCUGUACGGAAUUGGCGACAUAUUCGAAGAGCCUACGGAAGAUGUGAGCAAAAAGACCAAUGAAAAUGACGGAAACAACACAACUGUUGAAGAAAAGACAACGAAACAGGAAACGACAGAAGUAGAUGUACAUGUAGUUCGUGAAACAGUGCAGAGCCUGGAAACAGCACAGAAACCAGACGAGAACAGACAGUUAACGCCAAAGGCCAAAGAAGUGGCAACCAAAGAUGAUAAGAUGGCGAACGAUGAGAGGACAGAUGGCAGCAAAGAGCCAAAUGUGCCAAAAACAUCAGAUGAGAAGGAUGAGAAAACCAAUGAAGAUGUCACAACACCCCUCCUCGCCAAGGUAGAAGUCCAGACAACAAGACAAAAUAAGAAAGAUUUUGAGACACCGAAAGGCAAAAAAGAUGCAAGGACGGCAAAGUCAACAACAGAACAGAGGAAGCGAGAAGCAAACAAGCAUGCUUCUUUUAGUGAUGAAGACUACAUGGAAGAAGAAUCUGGGGGUUGUUUCCCACGACAACGCUCCGCACGGCGGUUGAAGAGCACACCACCUCCUAAACACGGUUCAACAGAAAGUGGUAAGAGGGUCAGUCAUAAGGACCUGAAGAAGCUUUCCCGUAACCUGGGAAACGAGUGGCAACAAAUCGCCAUAAGCCUGGGCUCCACACCAGCUGACGUGCACAGGUACAAGGACAAGCACAGCAAACUGCGGAAACAAGUCUUCUACAUGUUAGACGACUGGAGAGACAGAGCAGGAGACAGAGCGACAAGAGAAAGACUAUGUAAAUUUUUAAAAGAGCAGAAUGUUGAUGUUGAUAAGUAUGCAUUCCUUAUGUGAGGGUUUAACCUGGUUGUUUUUGGAAGUCAUAUACUGUUGACGGAUAUUGUCUUUAAAAAUACUUUUUUUCUUGAUGCAACAUUAGCAGCGCUGUGUAUUGUGUGAGUGGAUUUUUAACAGCCUUGACCAUGUGUUGUGCUCGUCUUGGAUGCAGCUAGUAAACCUUUCCACUAUGUCAUUUACCAACACAGGAGAUGACUGUUAAUGCUAAUAUGUUGGACUUGUUGAUAUAGUAGCUACAAUUUGAGAUCAGA